CAGCACCAGUGCCCGCCCCGCGCCAAAGGAUAACAGCACAGCGUCGCAGCCAGCGCCAUGCGACUGAUGUUGGCGGUGGUGGUGGCGGCCGGGUGCGCCGCCGCCGCUCGCCUGGACAACCAGUACCUGCCGCCGAGGGGCGGAUCGGGGGCCGGGGGCGGCGCCGGGCUCCAGACGCCCCCGUCGUACGGCGCUCCUGGAGGAGGCGGUCCGACCGGCGGUGGCGGUGGAUUCGGCGGCGGCCCCAGCAGCGGCGGUGGCGGUGGGUUCGGCGGCGGCGGCGGUCCCUCCGGUGGCGGUGGAGGCGGCGGCUACGGCGGCGGUCCUACCGGAGGCGGAGGCGGCGGCGGAUUCGGCGGUGGACCCUCCGGCGGUGCUGGAUUCGGCGGCGGCGGCGGAGGCCGCGGUGGUGGCGGUGGCGGCGGCGCUGGUGGCGGCGGCGGCGGCGGUGGACCCGUCAUCGCCAUCAUCAAGCAGACCAACGUCAACAACGGCGACGGCUCGUACUCCUGGAGCUACGAGACGGAGAACGGCAUCCAGGCCGAGGAGAAGGGCGAGCUGAAGCCGGGCGGCGAGGGCGGCGAGGGCAUCCAGAGCGCCGUGGGCUCCUUCUCGUACACCGCCCCCGACGGCCAGCGCAUCGAGCUCUCGUACACCGCCGACGAGAACGGCUUCGUGCCGCAGGGCGCCCACCUGCCCACGCCGCCCCCCAUCCCGGAGGCCAUCCAGAAGUCCCUGGCCGCCAACGCCGCUGAGGAGGCUCGCGGUGGCGGCGGCGGCGGCGGAGGUUACGGCGGCGGUCCCUCUGGCGGCGGCGGCAGUGGUGGAUACGGCGGCGGUCAAGGUCCAUCCGGGGGCGGCGGUGGCGGCGGCUAUGGAGUACAUUCACUCAUUGAAACAUCCGAGUAA